GAAGGUGACGUGGACACGGAAGUGGUCGUCGUCGCGGCGGCACCGGUGGGAGCGGGGCGUGGGGCUCAGAGUGCAGCGGGCCGUUGGGCGGACGGCGGCGUCUCUCACCUGCGGCGGCGGAGGACGCGGGCGUUGUCGGUUGGGUGCGAGUCCACUGAACCGACGAGCGGCUUCUCAACCCCUUUCCUGUGGGAGCCCCCGGAGCCGGGACCGCUCGGCCGGCGUCACCAUGACCAAGGCCAGUAGCAAGGGCGGGAACCUCCGCGACAAGCUGGACGGCAACGAGCUGGACCUGAGCCUCAGCGACCUGAACGAGGUCCCCGUCAAGGAGCUGGCUGCCCUCCCAAAGGCCACUAUACUGGAUUUGUCCUGCAAUAAACUGACUAGUCUACCGGCGGAUUUCUGCAGCCUCACACACCUGGUGAAGUUGGACCUGAGUAAGAAUAAGCUGCAGCAGCUGCCCGCCGACUUUGGCCGCCUGGUCAACCUCCAGCACCUGGAUCUCCUCAACAACAGGCUGGUGACCCUGCCCGUCAGCUUUGCGCAGCUCAAGAGCCUGAAGUGGCUGGAUCUGAAGGAUAACCCACUGGAUCCUGCCCUGGCCAAAGUGGCAGGGGACUGCCUGGACGAGAAGCAGUGCAAGCAGUGUGCCAACAAGGUGUUACAGCACAUGAAGGCCGUGCAGGCCGAUCAGGAGCGAGAGAGGCAGCGGCGGCUGGAAGUAGAACGAGAGGCCGAGAAGAAGCGGGAGGCCAAGCAGCGAGCCAAGGAGGCUCAGGAGCGAGAGCUGCGGAAGCGGGAGAAGGCGGAAGAGAAGGAGCGCCGGAGAAAGGAGUACGACGCCCUCAAAGCAGCCAAGCGGGAGCAGGAGAAGAAGCCCAAGAAGGAGACGAAUCAGGCCCCGAAAUCCAAGUCCGGCUCUCGCCCCCGCAAGCCGCCGCCCCGGAGACACAGCCGGUCGUGGGCCGUGCUGAAGCUGCUGCUGCUGCUGCUGCUGUGUGCGGCCGGCGGGCUGGUGGCCUGUCGGGUGACGGAGCUGCGGCGGCAGCCCCUGUGCACCAGCGUGAACACCAUCUACGACAACGCGGUCCGGGGGCUGCGCGGCCACGACAUCCUGCAGUGGGUGCUGCAGACCGACUCCCAGCAGUGAGCUCGCCCUCCACGCCUGCUGCCUCCCAGCCUUGGAGCUCGGAUUCCUAUGGAAUUGGGUUCUGCCGGACACAGCCUCUUUCUAGCGUCAGACCGACCUGCCAUCCUCACGUGGCUGCCGAUUGGUACUUGAGAUCUCCUCUUUGUAGGACUUGUUCCUUAGUCAGGGUUCCCUGGUGGAAUAAGGAGAAGUGGGAGGUGGGGACAGUUACCUGCAUGCCUGAAGGAACGGGCUUGGGUGGGCAGAGGGAAAAACAGCCUUUUCUAGUUGUUCUACAAAGCUGUGUAAAGGCAAGGCUUGUUUCUACUAAACGGUCAGGUCAGCUGUCACUACAUUUAUACUUUUGUACGUCACAAACCCUUCCUUUCCUUCCUCCCCACGUAGCCAGGGCAGAUCAGGAGGCAGUGUGAUAUCGGGGACUAAGGGAACACCAUGCUCCGCAAAUCCAGCCUAAAUUGGGGGGUGGGGGGGUACCUAUUUUCUUAAGGACCUCAGACAUUUUAACGACCAUACAAAAUCUCAGGCUGUGAAAGGAACUAAAGGACCAUCCAGUCCAAUAUAACAUGUGCAGACAGGGAAACUGAGGCCUUCCAUGACUUGCCUGUGGUCUCCCAGCUAGUUUGAGGCAGAACUAGACUCCCCCUCCAGUAUCCUCCAUCAUUUUACUUCCUUAACAAUGUGGGGAGAAGAGAACUCACACCGGAACUGAGCGUCUCUCGGCUGGAGUGCAGCCUCUUUGACGGUAGGCAGCUUUGUGUCCCACGGAUGGAAUUCUCCCAGCCAUGAGGGUCCGAGCAGCUCCUGCUGAGUCUGGCCCCUGCUUAUGUGGCUUUCACAAAAACGGUCCGGGCUCCUCGGCUCAGUUAGAGCAUUAACUCCCCGAUUGCCAGUAAAUGAGGAGGUGGACCGUUGUGAAGCCAUUCUGUCUGUGACAGCUGUCGCUAGUCAGUGUGACAAAGUCAGAGGCAGCCUGCAAACUCAAGUUUCUUAGGGCUGGAGGUUUCACACUGUUUGAGUCUAGACCUGUAACCACCUCCACAACGAAGGGAAACGAGUAGCACCAUGGAGUUUAAAAAGUGGUGUGUUUCCGAAAGGCUAGCACAGACGGGUGGGACUGUCCUGCCGGCCCGAUGAAGCUGCUUCUUGCUCUGGGGCCUCCUUGGCCUCCUGUUGUCAUAGAAGCCAGAGGAAGGGAUAAGACAUGGUCGGCACGGUGCUCACUGAAAACUCCCAAUUGCAGGCUUCCUGGCAUUCCCUCAGGAGAGCAAAAACCUGUCAUGAUUCCGAGACAGUGAGGUCUAGCUUUCAACCUCGGUGGCUCAUGUGGCGAGGACUGCCCUUGUGACUGUCCUCAUACUGGAAGAGUGACUUGUUCCUUUUGCCCCCACAGACAGCUCUGCUGCAAAGGCCCACACCUUACUCAGAAUCACUACACAUUCCUUAGUCUUCCUCCAAGCUCCAGAGCCAUUGGUACAAAUGCUUUAUUGAAACCGAAUACAUAGUAUGUGAGAUGAGGUUAAGAGGAUGGGGAAGUCGGCACAGGGAUCAGAGCCCCAGGCAGGGCGCUGGCUGAGGUGGCCUCAGUGGGGGAGAGGGAGGCGGGGCCCAGCCAGCCGGCUGAGGGAGGUUCAGUCAUGAUCUCGAGAUUUGAAGCUGAGGUUCUUCUGGAUUUCUACGGUUAUUAAAUAUGUGUCUGAGUGGUC